AUGAACCCAUCUCAAGUUUUGCACUAUUUCAUCUCUACAAGUUGGGCUUUGUCCUUGAACUUCUUUUACAUUGUACAUUUUCCUGGACCGAUUUCAAUUUUAAGAUCUGGGAUGUUUAAAUUAACAGUGGGGGCGAUUGACGCCAUAAACGAGGGGAAAAAUGUUGAAGAGCCGGUCCUCAAGCUGCUGGGGUUCAAAAGUGUCCCAGGGGGCGGUGGUGGCCAAAAUCGAUAUCGACUACUACUUUCUGAUGGUGUGAAGACGCAUUCAUUUGCUAUGCUCGCUACCCAGCUGAAUCACCUGAUUGAUGAAAACAAACUGGUUAAUAACUCCGUAAUUCGUGUAAAGAAACAUGUUUGCAACAACAUUCAAAACAACAAGGUUGUGCUUAUCGUUCUGGACCUUGAUAUUCUUGGCACGGAUGAUUCAUCAGGUGCGAUAAAGAAUGAGCAGACAGCAACAAUACCUAAACCAGUCGAACCAGAGCACAAAACACCACCCAAGUCUGCAAACGGUCCGUUUUCUGGGGGUCAACCAAGUACUCCAGGGACCCCUGGUUCUGGACUACCUCGUGUAUUUCCUAUCCAGAGCCUUAAUCCGUAUCAAAACAGGUGGACUAUACGAGCUCGCGUAUCACAAAAGUCAAGUAUUCGAACAUGGAGUAAGCAAGGUCGUGAUGGAAAGCUUUUUAACUUCACAUUGGUUGAUGAAAGUGGGGAAAUCCGUGCAACUGCAUUUAAUGCUGAAGCAGACAAGUAUUAUGAUUUAAUCGAGGUAAAUAAAGUGUACUACGUUAGUCGAGCAAAUCUAAAAGCGGCCAAUAAACAGUUUAAUACAACUAACAAUGACUAUGAAAUGUCACUUCAUGCUGACAGUCAAAUUAUUCCCUGUGAAGAUGGUGAUACAAGUUCUUUACCGGAAACUCACUUCAACUUUGUCCCAAUUGGAAAAUUAGACACACAAUCUCCCGGCUCUUUUGUUGAUAUCGUUGGAGUUGUUCAUGAAUGCGGUGAAGUUCAAACUAUCACAGCUAAAGCAUCUCAACGCGAAUUACGUAAACGAGAAUUGGGUUUAGUAGAUAGUUCUAACUGCUUAGUACGGCUUACAUUAUGGGGUGAAGAGGCGGAGAAUUUUGAUGGUGCUAAUCAUCCUGUUGUUGUUGUAAAGGCAGCCAAAGUAUCUGAUUUUAAUGGCCGUUCUCUGUCUGCAAGUGGAACAUCUUCUAUCGUUGUUGCUCCUACAAAUAUCCCAGAAGCUAUACGUUUAAAAGGUUGGUAUGAACAUGAAGGUCGUUACGCGAACUUUGAAACUUUCCGAAGUGAAAUGGCUGGAUCUGUGGGUGGAGCAGAUGGAUCAUUUGGUCCACCUGGUAUUUUAGGAGGUUGGAAUCUUCUACGAGAUAUUAAAGCACCUGGUGUAGGAGCUAAUGUCAAAGCGGAUUAUUUUACUUGCAAAGCUACUAUUGUCUUCAUGAAGAAAGAGAAUUUCAUGUAUCAAGCAUGUUCUACAGAAGGGUGUAAUAAAAAGGUUGUCGAUUUGGGGAAUGGAUUAUAUCGGUGCGAAAAGUGUGCUCGUGAAACACCAGAUUACAAAUGGCGCCUGCUUCUAAUGGCCAAAAUAGCUGACGUUACCGGUGAUCUAUGGGUUACAUGUUUCCAAGAUGCUGCAGAAGCUUUACUCGGUCAAACAGCUGAAAAAUUAGGUGCUAUGAAGUCGGCAGAAGAUGAAGCGCAUUUGGAAAGGGUGUUUAUGGAAUCAGCAUUUAACUCAUGGAUAUUUCGUUUACGUGCUAAGGUUGAUCGAUAUAAUGAUGAAGAUCGUUUACGUGUCGUCGUCGCAGAUGUGAAACCAGUUGACUUAUUCGAUAAUGCCAGACGCUUAGCAAAGGCUAUCAAUGAUAUGGCAGCAACUCUACGAAUCCAGGGCUAA